ACCUGGCAAAUCCACAACGACGCUCCUGGACGAGAGACACGAGCACAGUCAGAAAUCAGAAAGCUGCAGGACGCAGCAUAAAAUAAACAAAUGAAAGAUGCAUCCAGUUGUAAAAUGGACUUGGGUUCUUCUUCUUGGAGGUUUGGUGACCCAAGAUUGCCUUGCAUCUAAAGCAGAAGACCGCCUCUUCAGGAAGCUUUUUAGGAGAUACAACCAGUUCAUCAGACCAGUGGAGAACGUCUCAGACCCUGUCACGGUGGAGUUUGAAGUCUCCAUCUCACAGCUGGUCAAAGUUGAUGAGGUCAAUCAGAUCAUGGAAACAAAUUUAUGGCUCAGGCAUAUUUGGAAUGAUUACAAGCUGCGAUGGAUGCCCGAUGAGUUUGAUGGAAUUGAGUUCAUCCGAGUCCCAUCAAAUAAGAUCUGGAGACCUGACAUUGUUCUCUACAACAAUGCUGUUGGGGAUUUCCUGGUAGAGGACAAAACCAAGGCACUGCUGAAGUUUGAUGGUACCAUUACCUGGAUUCCUCCUGCAAUUUUCAAAUCCUCCUGCCCUAUGGACAUCACCUACUUCCCAUUUGACUAUCAGAACUGCUCAAUGAAGUUUGGCUCAUGGACUUAUGACAAAGCCAAGAUUGACCUUGUACUUAUUGGAUCUAAGGUCAACCUCAAAGACUUCUGGGAGAGCGGUGAGUGGGAGAUCAUUGAUGCUCCAGGCUACAAGCACGACAUCAAGUACAACUGCUGCGAGGAAAUCUACCCGGACAUCACUUACUCCUUCUACAUCCGUCGACUGCCACUCUUCUACACCGUCAACCUCAUCAUCCCCUGCCUCCUCAUCUCUUUCCUCACAGUGCUGGUUUUCUAUCUCCCGUCUGACUGCGGAGAGAAGGUCACGCUCUGUAUCUCCGUCCUGCUCUCCCUCACUGUAUUUCUACUCGUGAUCACCGAGACCAUCCCCUCCACAUCUCUGGUCAUCCCGCUGAUUGGAGAGUAUCUGCUCUUCACCAUGAUCUUCGUCACCCUCAGCAUUGUCAUUACGGUUUUCGUCUUGAACGUGCACUACCGCACACCCAUGACGCACACCAUGCCCGGAUGGGUGCGGACAGUGUUUCUUAAAGUGCUGCCGAGGAUUAUGUUGAUGCGGAGACCAACUGAUGAAGUCAGCAAGGCUGGAGGGUUGGAAAACAGUGGGGAGGCAGGAGGAGCUGGAGGGGGAGGAGGAGGCGGUGGAGUCAAGAAGAGGAAGAAUAACUUGACACAGGUUGGUGGCGGUUCCCUAAAUUGUCUAGAGAUUGGGGACACCACCAUGUCUUCCAUGGAAGGUUGUGCUGGGAAAAAAUGCUCUUGGCCUCGCCAGCACGGGCAGGAAAGUCCUGAAUCACCAACAACUGUAAAAACGACACGUCAGAUGAGUCCACAUAGCAUAAAUUCAGUGGUGGCCUUCUCGGUUGUGUCACCCGAGAUUAAGCAGGCCAUCGAGAGCGUCAAGUACAUCGCUGAGAACAUGAGGAGCCGAAACAAAGCCAAAGAGGUGGAAGAUGACUGGAAGUACGUCGCCAUGGUGAUUGACAGAAUCUUCCUAUGGGUGUUUGUGACUGUGUGCGUCCUGGGGACCGUGGGCCUCUUCAUGCAACCUCUUUUUGGAUUUGUCUCAUAACCCCUCCUUAAUCAGGGUUUACUGCUCCCAUGAUUGGACCAUUCUAAAGAAAUGAUCCAUUUGAUGACAAAAAAUGUACUUAGAAAGCACUUAUUGAUUGGCUCGUUUUGCUUUUUGCCUUUUGCAAAGAGCAGCACACAUUUUAAUGCCUUAAUUUUAUGCUUAUUAACGCUGCAUAUUAUUUUACCCCAUUUACUCCCAAAUUAAUCCCAUGGUAUAAGAAGGCUUCCUCAUUAAACUUUUAUAAAUAAUUUCUAAACAAGACAUUUUUCCAUUAUAAUCGCUGCAAAUCAUGAAUGAAGCAGCUAAUAUCUGGCUUGUUUUAGCUAUUGCUGAGCUUCUGUACUAUUCAAUUUACAUAAACUGCUUGUGCGGGCACUUGGCAACCUUAUUCAAGAUGGGGCAAUUGCUGAUUACAAAAGCUACUGCCAUUUAGAAAUUGCAAAAAGGCAAAACAGUAGGGCUAAUUAUUGGAGACACUUGUUUUAGGGCAGCGCUUGAGUUUUUGAAACUUCACACAAAUAAUACUUCAAAAGACAACUCCCUACUGGCUCUGUUGAUCAUGUGUGUAUUUUAAUGCUUUCUUUAAUUUAUUAUAUAAAACAGUUUAGAAUCCCUUGCGAGGGAAUUCAAUUUAUACUCUUCUGUAUAUUUGUAGUUGCAUAUCACACCAAAAAACACAUCACAUACCCGCUGGCAUGCUGGGAGAAUUGUCAGAGUAAAGUUAAAAAUCGUACUGCUGGCGCUGGGUGUCGGUCUCUGAGGGCCACUAACUAGACUGCAUGUUCUCCUCCAGCAGGCCUGAUUCAAACGAUCAGGACUGAUAUCCGGCCGGCUCUUACAGAGCUUGUCGAUGAGCUGAUCAUUUGGUGUGUUGGAAGAGCAAAACAUUUAAAGUAUGCGAGAUAGUGGCCUUCGAGGACCUGGGUUUGUCACCUGUGAGCUGGCGUAUGGAUUUAAUGCCUUGCUGAAAGGCACUAAGACAAUAGUCAGGAAGCAGUCUAGCAUCUGUCCAACUAUUCCUUUUUGUCUGUAGCAGCACUUGAUCCACCACACAUUUUUAAAAACUCACAUGACACAUUUUUUU